UCUUCACAUCCUUUUAAAAGCUUCACUCAUAAAUGUAUUAAAAUACUCCCUGUAUUGCUGGCUGAUAAAUAAAGCCGUCCAGUUAGUGUGCGUGUGUGUGUAUAGAGCAGCAUUUAAAACCCAAAUGACAAUUUUCUACACUGCAAGCACAAGUAGGGGCAGUGGUUGAGAGUAAUGGGAGGGAGUUUGUGUGUCAGUGAAGCAUUUUGUAGGAGUGGUGAACGCCUUCCUGUUCCUCGCUCAUGUCCUGAAUAACAAAUGUCCACUCCCUCUUGUUUCACCCUCUAGAUGUGUUUUACUGAAUACCGUACUCACUAUUUGCAGCGACCUUGGCCAGUGACCUUGUGAAUUGACUAAAAACAGCUUUUUCGCCCCGCAGCCCAGCCAGUUGCAAGAUAAUAAGGCUGUUACAUGACUGAAUCCAUUGCUUCAUGGUGGACAUCUGUGUCAUGGACGAUGAAGACGAUCGCCGUCUUCUGGAUAUUUUAGGAGAUGUGGAAGCUUUGAACGAUUAUCUCCAUGGCAGCAAUAGCAAGUCUAUUGGAGAAGAUGAUGUGACAAAUGCAGCUUAUGGGUCAGAUGGAUCUUUUUUCGCUAAUGAGAACAGUGGCUGCAACACUGGUCUCAAGGAUGGGUCUUCUCCAAUGGGUGAGUUUGAGGAGGACCCAGCCGGCGAAGGCCUCCACCUCUCGAGUAGCCUCUCGUUUAUUGAGGACGAACUGGGGGCUGGGAGCUCCCCUGAAGGGGUGGAUCUUGGGGGAGAGGAUCAGCCCUUUGACAUUCUCCAGAAGUCUCUGUUGGAGGCCGACAUCACGGAGCAGACGUUGGCCCAGGAGGCUCUGUUGGACUCCCAGCCUGCUCCAAAUCUCGUGCAAGCUCCAGUUCCCUUUCCUUCCCAGCUGGUCUCUGGGGGUUACGGAGGUGGAGCGGGUGUGGUAACCACUGCGGCAGCUGCAUUCCCAGCUGGUCAGGUAUUGCAAGGAGUAUCCCCGCUGGCCAAUGGUUCCACCCAGCAUAUCCAGGUCUUGGGCUCGUUUGGGGCGAGUGGUGGUUUAAUGACCCUGAGCAGCUUAGAAAGAACUCCUCAGAUAGUUUUAAGGCCAGGAGUGCCUGUAGCUCCAGCGGUGACUGCGGCGGGGGGGCAGGUCUUUGCCCCAACCCAAGGGCAGGUGGGCCAAGUGGGCUUACCUUUCAAAAACAUCCCCCUUCAAAACAUCAUCAUUCAGAGGGGCCCUGGAGGGACCCAGGCUCUCGUACGACCAAUCCAGCCCAAACCCUCUCAAGCUGCGCCUCAGACUGUCUUCAGCCUUGGUCUUCAACCCACCCCCUCCACCCUGGGUAAUAUGGUAAACGCAAACACCGUCGCUCCGGGAGGACAGUACACAGCUAAUGGUUCAAUAUUGGUGCAGCCGCCAGUGGAUCAGCAACAAAUCCAGAGCCAGACGAAUCUACAACCAGGACAGUUCUUACUACCCAACUCUUUGACGCUUACACCAUCCAACACCAUCCACAACGGCUCUGCCAACCCUAACCCAAGCACCCUAAUUGCCAACCAAAACACAGUGCAGAUUGCACCGGGGCAAAACUUUUCCGCCCCGCCGGGAAGUCAGCUGAUCCUAAACCAGGGCGUGGUGAGCGGGACUCAGGUUCUGGGUACCACAACUCAGACGUGGACGGGGGUUUCUUGUGCGAGCUCCACGCCGGUACAAACUCCUGGGCGGCUGACGCUGGUCGGCUCGGCAACCAUCGGGAUUGGGAGCCAAGGCCAGGCAUCUUCUUGUCCAGUCCAGCGCCUCCUAGUGACUCAAACCCAGAACUGCACUUCUCUGUCUCCUUUACCCAGCGGUGUGACGCAGGAUCAAAAAGAUUUUAGACAGAAUUCUUUAUCACCGGCAUUUAAACAGGUACAGGCCAGCAACAUCCUCGCCCUGAGUACCAUAGCACAAGAGUCAACGCUAAACUCUGAGAAGAGGCUAAUUGGUCAAUCGCUUACAAGAACAGAACUGAUUCUUCACCACCUGAGGAAGGAUCACGCCGGCGUUCAGAACCCAAAUCGACGAAAGUUCACCUCGGUUGAAGACGCGCUGCAGAGACUGCUCCCCUACCACGUGUUCAGGGGGGCUCCGCCGUGCCACGACGAGUUCUCACAAGUGGACGAGGAGUUUGAGGACGUCGCGACUCAGGUGGUGAUGAAGACCCAGACCAUGGUUAAUAAAUACAGGCGACUACUGAUGGUGGAGGCUGAACGUUCCAGCCCUUCUUCAGAAAUGGUGAUGAUCGACAGGACUUUCAACCAAGAGGAGCGCGGCAACCUGACGCAGGACAAACGCACCGUGCUCGUGGAUCCAGAUGGCUUCCUUGAGGACUUCUGCUGUGGGAAGAAAUCCAAAGUUUUCCAAGACUCCUUUUCCUCUCCGCCGGAGACCACCUGGGACCAACCGGAGCAGAGCUCCGCGGAGCCGCCGCACAGGACAGAGGACCCGGGAGGGGGCGGGGUCCAGGGGCCAGCUCUGACAGACAGACUCCACCCGCCACACUCAGAAAACCAGAAGGCCGUGGACCUGAAGAGACCGCAGCAGAGCUACGGGCCGAGCAGCGGCGACAGCCCCGACGCCGCCAGCGGCCACACACAAGGUAAACGCUCGCAUUUAGCAGCAGCCGCAGGAGGACAGGCUCACUGCCAGACGUCUCCCCACCUCUCCUCCCAGCCUCAGCACUCGCCCCGCCUCACCUCACCCCCUCACCUGGACACAGACUCUGCGUUAGAGGCGGCAGUCAACAGCAUCCUUGAAUGUUAAGACGGAUUCUCCACAUCAUCCCUAAUGUUUAUGAUUUCUGUUCUGUUCGUAGGUACCUAUGUAUUAUUAUUAUUUUUUUUUUUGUCAAACUCCAGCGCGGAGAAAGGUUUACUCUAGCGAUACGCAGUCAUGUAGCAUUUGCGCAGUUUGCAUCGGAAGGUCUUUGAGGCAUUACGCCUGCGAAGCGUCACAGGAGUGGGCGGGCACAUCGUAAAGAUCCGGGAAUGCGUGCAAUGCAGCAGAUUUAACAGAUGCAAAAGAAAAGACAGAAGAAAAAAAAAAAAACUCGUCGACUGAAACACCUUUAUCUGAAACCGUUUGAGUGCAGGAGCGUUCCCAUCGUCACACGUUUAACAGUUUGUGCCAUUUUGAUUUCACCCCCUCCCCUCCAGACGGGGAGCGAAGCGGCGGCCAGGUGCCUGACUCGAGGUUUUUAUAUAUGACA